GUGCAGAUACUGACAGCGUCAAUCGGGGUGAACGCCAGCCAGCGGAAAAGAAGAAGAGCUUGAGAUGUGUUUUCGUGCUUGAUUUCAAUAAAAUCUUUCAAAAGUGAAAAUUAAAUCUCUUCCUGAUAUUCGUCAGUUUCCUAGCUGAUUUGUUACCGAUCACCAGCCGGAAGUAUCCUGCAGCACCAUGGCCGAUCCUUUGAGCUUGUUGCGACAGUACAACAUCAACAAAAAAGAAAUUAUCGAACGAGAUGGGCAGAUCAUUUUCGGAGAGUUUUCCUGGCCCAAGAAUGUAAAAACAAAUUAUCUUAAAUACGGAUCUGGCAAAAAAGGAGCUCCGAAAGAGUAUUAUACUUUGGAGUGUUUGUUGUAUAUAUUAAAGAAUGUUGCCCUCCAGCACUCGGUUUACGUUCGACAAGCUGCGGCCGAAGAUAUCCCUGCGGUCAACCGACCUGAUCGAAAGGAACUGCUACAGUACCUUAAUGGCGAAACUAACACAUGCGCUAGUAUUGACAAGAGCGCGCCGCUGGAAAUUCCAACCCAGAUUAAACGACCGGCGGAAUCGGAUACACUUGAUAACUUGGCCAAAAAGGCUCGAUACGAAGAUACCCAGGUGCAAAAAGUGAAGGAACAACUAGCAGCUCGAUUCGAUGUCAACAAAAAAGAAGCUUCCGUUAAUAUUGACAACAUUAAAUCUUUAUCGGAAACUAUGUCCGUCGAAAAAAUCGCUGCCAUCAAAGCGAAACGAUUAGCCAAUAAAAAGUUCUCUAUCAAAAAAACGGAUAACGAUGAUACCAUGGGAGUUGGACCAGAUCUGCGUGCCAUUUUGGACUUUGAUGUCGAUUCCACUAAAGAUAUUAUCAGCAGAGAGCGACAGUGGCGUACUCGUACAACGAUACUUCAGAGUAGUGGAAAAGUAUUUGCGAAAAAUAUAUUGGCUAUACUGCAAGGUAUCAAAAAUCGAGAGGAAGGACGAGGUCGUCCACAGGCACCAGCUAUCAAGCUUCCAGAACCUACACGGGUCAUUCGUCCUCAACCUCAACCAGCUCAAUAUAAUCGUUACGAUCAGGAACGCUUCAACAAACAAAAGGAGGAGACCGAAGGUUUCAAGAUCGACACUAUGGGUACUUAUCAUGGCAUGUCGCUCAAACUGGUAACGGAAGGAUCGGCCGCGCAAAAGAAAGCUCAGCAACAGAAUAUUAGCAACAACAAUAACAAUACUGUACUUCCGCCUAGUUUUCCACCGGGAAGACCUAAAGAAUUGAUACCAACGGCCCAAGCUCGGAUAUUGCCGCAAACUAAUCCGAGCAAACGGCAGAGUAAAACACCCAUUAUCAUCAUUCCGGCUGCUACGACUAGUUUAAUUACAAUGUACAAUGCACGCGAAAUCCUUCAAGAUUUAAAGUUUUUGACUACGGAUGAAAAGAAGGCAAAAGGCGGAGUUCGAGAGAACGAGGUGUUGGUACAGCGUCAAAAAUCCGGUGGUCUCACAGUACCCUAUCGAGUUAUCGAUAACCCGUCUAAAUUGUCGGCUCAAGAUUGGAACCGAGUGGUGGCUGUCUUUGUAAUGGGACCAGCAUGGCAAUUCAAAGGGUGGCCUUGGGAUGGUAACCCGGUUGAAAUUUUUGCCAAAAUCGCGGCCUUCCACUUGCGGUAUGAUGAAAUGAAAUUGGACGCUAACGUAGCACGUUGGGCCGUGACGGUUUUGAACGUUUCCCGAACGAAACGGCAUCUGGACAAAGCCAGCUUAAUGGUUUUCUGGGAGAAGUUAGAUCUCUAUAUGACAAAGUAUAAACCAGAUCUUCGCUUCUGAGGAAACAUCUAAUAUAAUGGAAACUACAACAAAAACUGCAUCGCAUUAUGAAACUUUUUUAAAUGAUUAUUUUGAAAACAUAGUUUUGCUAUCGUUAGAUAUAUGAUAAGCUUUCAUAUAAUUUUAAAAGUAAGUAUCAUUUCAGUUUCCAUGAAGAAGCAAACUGGAUGGAAUACCGCAAUCCCUCGACUUACACAACGUCAAGAAUUUAUUUUCAUUGAGUGAAGUAAAUGUAAAGUUUUUACUGACACCUUCAAAAACUCUUUUAGCUUCCAUUAGUGUCAAUCGCAUUGGGAUUGAAGAAGAGUACCCAUUUGUUUCUGAAAUAGUAUCUUUACGAAUAAUAGAACAGACACGUUUAA